AAACGUGGAGGCAAAUGGCGCUUUUCCACUGCAUAGUACGUUUAUUUGAUAAAGUUACCCAACUGGACGACUGUUAUCAUGGCAAAGCCCCUCGCUCAGUGCGACUCCUCCCCCUCAACAUCCAGAACCGACGCGGCUACUGCACCGAGAAAUGAGAGAAGUGCUGAGGACGACAUUCUGAGCCGGUUUAAAAUCGGCAAAAAGCUUGGUGAGGGAGGAUUCGGCAAGGUUUAUAAAGGAAAGCGCUUGGCGGAUGGACUUGAGGUGGCAGUGAAAUUUGUCAAAAAGUUCAGGAACAUGGAAUACGUCAGAAUUCCUGGUCAUCCUACACCCGUCCCAUUAGAGGUCGGCCUGUUAACCGCUGUUAAUAGGGACCCCAAAGUUAAAGAGAUCAUUGAACUGCUGGACUGGCAGGACCAGCCUGACCAAUAUAUCAUGGUCUUGGAGCGUCCCCCACACUGCAAAGAUGUGUUUCAUUUUUGGAAUAAUCGCAAACGCAUCCUCAGGGAGGAAACGGCACGGACUAUCAUGGCGCAGGCAACAACGGCUGCUCAGACGUGCUGUGACCGAGGAGUUUUCCACAGCGACAUCAAGUUACAAAACCUGCUGAUCAACAAAAAAACACGGGAGGUCAAACUGAUUGACUUCGGGUGCGGGAGAUUCCUGAAAAAGUCCGCCUAUGACGAAUUCUGUGGAACAAGACCGUACUGUCCACCUGAGUUCGACAAAAGGGGCAAUUACCACGGUAAACCAGCUACUGUGUGGUCUCUGGGAAUGCUCUUAUUCGAGAUGGUUUGUGGACGCUUUCCAGAAGCCAAAGACCAUCUGAGGAUUAAGAAAAACAUCUGGUCUGAGCGUCACUUGUCAAAAGAUUGCUGCCACCUGAUUCGACGCCUCCUGCGGGAAAACCCAAGACGGCGGAUUGGUUUGGAGGAAAUCAUUUCCCAUAAAUGGUUUAAGGUGUGCGACUCCCCCUCAACAUCCAGAACCGACGCGGCUACUGCACCGAGAAAUGAGAGAAGUGCUGUGGACGACACUCUCAGCCGGUUUAAAAUCGGCGAAAUCCUUGGUGUGGGAGAAUUCGGCAAGGUUUAUAAAGGAAAGCGCUUGGCAGAUGGACUUGAGGUGGCAGUGAAAAUUGUCAAAAAGUCAAAGAACAUGGAAUACAUCAGAAUUUUGCUGUCAAAACCCAAAUUUAAUGGAGUGGAGAAGAUCAAAACAUGGACAUACAUGGCUGCUACGGGACUGAAUGUGACCCCUGGACCGGAUUACGCACAGGUACUCUGUUUCUCUGUCCAGGUCGUAUCCAGAUUGAGCCGACACGGCUGAAAAUCAUCAACCAUUUGAGGAAAAUGAGAUGCCGAUGAGAAAGAGGACAAGGACGGGAAGUUUUGUGAAGCUGCCGUCUCUUCAUUAUCGCAGCUCAGACCAGACCACUGCACCGAUAAAUGAGAGAAGUGCUGAGGGUUUUCCCGCAGCCUGCCGGAUCCAGGCCGUAUCCAGAUCUGGCGAUGACCUUAGCCUGGACACGAUGACGAUGACAAUGCAGUGCUAAAGUGCCAACUAGCCUCUCCCUAUGGAGGAUCCCUUUCCCACUCUACAGAUUAAGCGAUGUGAAUUCGUUUCGCGUCCCUACCCUGAAGUGAUUCGAAAAUCUGUAUCAAAUUUAUAGACAAGAAGUUUGUUCAGGCAUGAGGGAAUUUAAAAACCUGCGCGCAUAUAUUCAAACGCACAUAACUAUUGAAUCAAUUCUUAAUGCGCAUGUGAACGUCAUCAGCAGGGCUGUUACUACCAAUUUAUCACAGGUUCGCGUUUAAAGUCUAUUUAGAAACAUUCAUAUACAUUUUUACGUGACAGUUACUGUAAAUUCGGCCUCUAGUUCAUAAACGCCAGAGGAGAACUGGCCCCCGACUGAGCCUGGGUUCUCCCAAGGUUUUUUUUCCUCCAUCGGGUCACCUGAUGGAGUUUUUCAGUUCCUUGCCACUGUCGCCUUUGGCUUGCUCAGUUGGGGAUAUUCAAAUCAAUUAUACUACAGGGCUGUUGAACGCUUGAUUCUGAUUGGUUGAGAACGUUCUAAAGGUGUGCAAUUAUUUUCACGGCUAAAGUAGUUUCAGGCAAGUUUGAACCGCAUUACAGUUCCAUAUCACUGCGCGUAGUUAAUGAAAAAUAGGAUAUAAUUCAUAACAAGAGAAGACAUGCAGCCCCAUGCGCUUGAUCUGCAAUUUUCGAUGUCUAACUUCACAAUCAAUGGACACAUACAGUUUAAUUUUAAUAAAUAAAGUAUAGUCCUAUCUAUAAUAGGCUAAAUAGAAAAUUAAACUGAAUAGGCUAUAUAAAUAAAUUAAUAGUCCUGCUGCACGUAAUUUCAUAAAUAUUCCAGAUAAUAUAACAAAUAAAUAAUUAUUGAUUGGCCUACUUGUAAAAAAGUGCUUUGUGUGUUUCAUUUAUUGGGUUAUCUACUGUCAAUUAUGGAAAACAAUAAUGAACGAAUUAAUUAAAACAAAGUUAAUAAAUAAAUAAUAAUAUUGAC